AUGAGUGGUAGUAUGGAAGCCUUCCACAGCGGCUUGAAAGCGAGCUUCGUACCGGAGCAGUACAUCGGUACAAUCACCGCCCUUGGCUCAACGUGCUGGGCAAUGGAGACUCCAUUCGUCAGGUACCCCAUCAACUCCUUUAAGAGCUCCAAAGAGAAGCUCCACGUCUUUCUACAAGUCAUGGACAACUGGGUAAGGUUGCAUAUGCCCCCUUACCCAGCCCUUAUGGUCGAAGGCCUCAGCGAGGCGGCAGUACGAACACAGCGUGAUCUGUCAUUCGAGUUCUGGGGCCAGCCAGCCAGCGCGUCUGUCAAUGGUGUCAAUGACACUCAUGACUUUGAUGCAUCCGAUACCGUGCCAGCAAGGAUAGAAUUCUGA